CGAAAGCAAAGUUUACGGGCUUUAAUUAGUGACAAGAAAGUUACUUAGCGGUUUUCCCCUUGCUUCCUCAUGUUCGUAUAAAAAUUCAACCCUCGAUUUGCAUUGUUGCCUCAAGUUUCCAGAAUUCUCAUGGAAGCAAAGAGCACGACAUGGCAGGGGUGACAUGGCGCUGAAUCAGAUGGAGUUAUUGUUUGAUGCACAGUAAGAAGGAUUCUGGACUGUGAUUCGUAGAAGGUUCAUGCCGAUACUACCAGUAUUACUACUGAUGGUUGUACUCGAAGUAACUUGAAAUACAUCACGUGGGGACACUUUCAGGCAGAUUCAGACUGUCGACACAUGAUCGACGCUUUCAGUCGGCCGUUUUCAGGGAUUUCAUUGGCAGGCGUUCUAUUCCUUGUCCCGGUAAGGCUAGACCCCAAAUGGCGUCCCCGUUAUCGUUCAGCCUCCUUGACCGCCUUCCGGAUCAGUGCCCGCCGCCCUUCCAACUGCAUCCAAACGGUGUUGUUUGCUUCUACUUGGUGAUUGUUGACAAUAUCCCCGACUGACCACUCGACAAUUUCCCCCGUUCUCAGACACGAACUCUGAUCUCGAACAUCAAUCGUCUUCUUCAACUCGGUCGGUUUGGCGAGGAUGUGUCCCGAUAUCAACUCUCUUCCUCCAUCGCGUUCCUCUUCCGCCUCCCCGCGUCAAGCACGGAAUCUCCCCACUUCUUCUGACGCCCAGCCGGCGGCGCUGCAUUCGUCCGGGUUCUCCCCUGCACCGGCCACCAUGAAUAAUAAUAAUAGUCACAACAAUCAGCAUCACGCCAUAGACAUCCCUCGUCGGCCAUCCCGUAGUUCUCGUGCGGGCGUACCGGGGCCAGAACGACGCCGGUCCGCCGCCGGUGCCAACUUUAACCUGAAUCAUAACGAGCCGACUGGGGAUCCCGCCCCGUCCGACCACCGCUCCUCUCUAGGCCAUCAUGGACUCCGGGCGUCGAGCCCGUCGAGCCUCGGAGGUAGCCCGAUUAUUGCGACCGGGGACCCGCAUCACCAACGGGCCCCCUCGUUGGGGGAGCUGCAUCAAGAAUUGGAGCAGGAGCAAGAAGCCCAAGUGAAUCGACUCUUGCAUAUGAUCCGAUCCCAACAAAACCAACUGCAGCAACUCCAGCAACAGCAGCAGGGUUCCCAGGGCACAGCUAUCGAAGAUUCGGACCGCGCCGCAUUUCCUGCUCUCCCACCGGUCUCGGGUAGCGGCAGUCGAAUGUCAGCUCAAUUUCCCACGUCCCUAUCUAGCCGCCGACCCUCACGGCCGUCGAGCCAGGCAACAUCGCCUAGUCUCCGACCGCUGGCUGAUGCACCCCGCGGGCCGGAGGGGCCAGAGUGGUUCGCGGGCACCAGUGAAAGCUCAGCACGACGAAGCAGUCGCGACGAAGGAGCAUUCUACCAGGCCGAAGCCACAAUGCUUGCGAGGGAGAAUCAAAUCCUACGGCAGCGCAUCCGCGAUUUAGAACGCCAGGUGAGUGAGUUGACUACGAUUUCGUCCGCUGGAGGUGUGCGGUCGGGCGAGAUCAACGCACCACCUGCCACAGAAGGCGGCGAAACUGCUGAUCGCCAUGCGACUGCUGGGCUGGGAUCGACCAGCGAACCCGCGGAUAAGACCUGAUUGGACGCAUGCAAAAAGCCUGUACUCAAGAACGGAGUAUUUCACGGUGUGCUUCUCCAGAUUUCAGGUGAUCAACACGGAAUACAUAUGUACAUUAUUUUUUUUUUAAACACCGGAAAACCGCAGUUCAAGGUCAUAUGCACUGCCUCCUCUUGAGAGUUGGUUCCCACUCUGGUCGCAUUUUGAGAGAGUCUCUAUACGAACCGGCGAUCCGAGCGCUGGCCUGCAGCCAUCCCGCCGAAUCUCAACAAUAAGUCCUCAGGUACAAUUUAUGGCUUUAAAGCUCAAAAAGACCCCUACCUAGAGGCGUCGGCAUUCGUGGUUCUAGGCCCUUAAGCCGAGACAAGUAUUAUCUUGUGCAUAUAUUGGACGCCAAAUAUGGCCAUGUCCGUUAUGGAACUAAAUUUUAAUCGCACUUCCCUUUCUAUUUUUGUUUUACAUUGUUUACCCAAAGGAAUUCAACGAUUUAUUGAGAGGCGUGACGAUUACAAAUUGGGCAAAAGCAGUAAAAAACAUGCAGGGGAAAAAAGCAAUAAAAAUAAAAUAAAAUGUAAAAAUAAAUAGAAAAAAUAAAUAGAAAAAAAAUCUCGCAUCUCACCGAGCGAGUAAAACAUGU